AUGGACACCAUCGCCAACAGGGUCAAGACGUGGGACGAGCAUGCCACAAUAAUCAGCGGCCGCUUCCAGACUGGCAAGACCGGUGCGGUGGAGGAAGUCGUGCGUGGUGCACGGGGAAUCUUCAAGCACACGGUGAAGGAUGAGCACUGGGAAGAGAAGCUAUACAAGAGCCUUCAGGUUGAUGGACCUGGCAUGUUUGAGAGUGUCCUUGUUCGGGUGGAAGCAGAGUUGGCGACGUUGGCUGACCCGAUCACCAAGAUGCCAAUCAUACUGUUUGAAGUCCCACGCACCACAACCAAAGGCCUCCCAUAUUGGGAACCUAGAAUGAUGAAACAAGGGUCCUUGCUGAGGAGUCCUCCCAGUGCUGCACAUUCACCAGUAUUGAAAAAACAAGCUUCACCCAGAACGCCCGGACAAUGA